CUGAGGAAAUUGUUAAAGCCUCAGGGAAGAGAGCGGGAGAGGAAGAGAGACAGAUACACAGCCCUGAAGCAGGGAAACUCCCUCCUUGGUCUUUUUUCAUAGGGUGGAGGACAGACAAAAGAGUGCGCCCAGCAGGCUUUUAGACCGGCUAAAGCUCUGCCAACCGUGAUUUCAUUUCCAACAGGAUCAGGAGUUUAGUCAGUUUGCAGUUCAUCUUUUACGGUAAACAACGCCAUCGAUGGGGUUUGUAAAAAGGGUGAGGCACAACAAAUGUGUUUUUCUUGGCUGGUAAAAUCUGAACAGGAAUUUCUGUAGGCUGAGAACGCUACAGCCGGACAACUGACGAGGACACAAUCUAAAGAACGAUACAUUGAAUACAAUCCAAGGUAACCAUGCCAUCUGGAGGAAACCAAUGGAGCAACAUCGUUCUGUUUACAUUAGCUUUGGCAGUCAUGUUGGAGGUCUGUAGGGUCCAGGGCUGCCGGACUGGCUCAGGGUCAGAGUGUGAGAAAGCCCCCUUUGUCCCGGGCCACAACCUGGCAGGGGAGGGUUUUGAUGUGGUGCGGAUGCGUCGAACGGGGGCAUACGUCAUCAAUGUCAAAGCUCAUCUGGCUGACAACAACACCUGUACACUCUGUCCAAACCGCUUCCAAGGAGGACAGAUUCAGAGGCUCCCAGCUGCAGUGCUCGACUGGCGUCCCUUCAGCCGCUGCAGUAAGCAGCUUUCCAGUGCCCUCCACCACUCUGUGGACUCCCUGCUGCGUAGCUCCAACUCUCUGGUUAACAACAACUGGGGUGUGGGCUUGAGUUUAGAUAAUAUUGGCAAGGCACUGCUGGGAGGAAGCCGCUCAGACCUGGCAAAGUUUGCUCGUUCGCAGCACAGCGUGGACAAGGCCACUUUUGCCAUCCAUGAGAUCAGUUGCACCUACUACAGCUACAGGCUGGCUGAUCAUCCCCCGCUGAGCACAGAGUUCACCAAACAUCUGAUGAGACUGCCACAGAACUUAAAUACGAGCCAGAACAAAGCCUUAUACAGACGGCUGAUAGACACCUACGGAACACACUACAUACACCAGGUCCAGCUUGGUGGUAAGGUGAGGCGAAUCACUGCCUUCAGGACCUGCCUGGCCACACUGAAGGGUUUCUCAGAGUCCGACAUCAAAAACUGCCUGAACUUUGAGCUCCGAAUGGCUCUUGGUUUCCUCCCUGGCAAUGCAUCCUUGUCCAACAAGUGUGACAACCUCCUGAAGGGUAACAUGAGCAUGGGCUUCUACCAAGGCUUUAUGACACAUAAGAUUGAGGUUACUGGAGGAGAGAGGUACUUCCCUGACAUCCUCUACCAGGAGGACCCGUCUGAAGCAUACCAGAGCUGGAUGAACAGCCUCCACGACAACCCUGAUGUGGUUUCUUAUGCCAUCUUCCCUCUGCAUCAACUGGUGGACGACACACAGAUCAGUGCUAAUCUGAGAAGCACUAUCUCAGAGUAUAUUAAAGAUAACCAGCUGCAGGCGGAGCAGGCUGGUUUCAAGAACUGCUCCCCCACACCCAACCUGGACCAUAACUGCUGUCCUCUGCGGGCUGGCAGAGGAACUCUCAGACUAGAGAUCCACAGGGCUGCAGGUUUGAGGGCAGACACCUUCACGAAAACCGACGCCUAUGUGAAGAUCUUCUACAACGGUAUGUACGAAGAGACGGAGACGGUGAUGGACAACAAUGACCCAGUGUGGAAUGUGUCCUAUGACUUUGGAUCGGUGGAACUAGGUCGGGCUUUGAGGUUUGAAGUCUGGGAUAGAGAUGUGCUUUAUAAUGACAUGGCGGGUAUAUGUGUUGUCUUCCCUGAGCGAGGAUCUCGUGCUCUGAGCUGUCAGCUGAGCAAAGGAGUUCUCUAUUUCACCUACACAGUCAAAUGUGAUGCUCACCUCACAGGCUAUAGGUGUGGACGAUACUCCCCCAACGCAGAGUAGAUUAUUAGAUUACAAUGAUUUGAUGUAGAUUUCAGUACUUACUUUAUACAUAAUAUUAAACUUUUAAGUAUUAGUUUUUCAGUAAGAGCUAGUCAACUGUCAUUUCCUAUAACUAGUAAACUCAAUAGUUGUUCAAGUGUUUGCUAUGUAAAUAUCUUGUAAUAUAUCAGUAUUAACAAACCAAAAUUAAAGUCCUUGUGCAUCCAGUGCACGAAAUAAAGUUAUUUUGAUUUCGAA